CUCCAGGAUUGACAACCAGAGCAAUUCUCGACCAUUACAGAACUUGGUAGUGGCAGUAAUCUCUCCCAACUUAAACAUUUAGCAACUAUUUCGGUAGAAAGUAUUACCCGGGUGGAAGAAGAAACGAAGCCAAGUCAGAGCUUUCAUCCCGAUCAAACCACCUCCACCACUUGUCAAUAAUUGACGAAGUAUCCUUCCCCAUCAGAAGAAGAAGAAGACAAAUCCUACCUCACCGACCCCGUCUCAACUUUCUCCUCGCUGUUAAAAUGCCGUCUGGAAUAGGCCAACCGUUGUCAAUCGUGAACCUCAUCGAUCCCAGCGAGCACCUAAGGCCCGAACUAAAAUUUGCAGCAAAGGCUUUGGAAUGCUUCCGCGAUUACUCUAUAGAUGAAAAUAAUCCUAUCAAGGAAAGAGUACGAAAGACUUAUCUUGAGAUGCAUACAAAUCAAACGAUGCACUUCGUAACGGACAGGAUCCAGCAGUGGACAAGUUUCAGUACAUUCAAGUCCGGGAUUAUGGACGCAUUGGAGAAAUUGAACAACCUCGUCGAUGAAAGUGAUCCUGACAACUCUAUUCCGAACAUAGUGCAUGCUUUCCAAACUGCUGAACGAAUUCGCCUCGAGCAUCCCGAUGACGAUUGGUUUCACCUGACUGGUCUUAUCCACGAUCUUGGCAAGGUCAUGGCUUUUUAUGAUGAGCCACAAUGGGCUGUCGUAGGUGACACAUUCCCUGUUGGGUGUCAACAUGCCCCGUCUAUUGUUUAUCGAGACACCAGCUUUGUCAACAAUCCAGACACAUACGACGAGCGAUACAAUACCAAAUUCGGAAUUUAUGAAGAACAUUGUGGGCUUUCCAAUGUGACGAUGUCAUGGGGUCACGACGAGUUUUUGUACAGAGUAUUGGUCCACAACAAGACAACACUUCCGGAACAAGCCUUGUACAUGAUAAGAUUUCAUUCAUUUUACCCAUGGCACUCUGGUGGAGAUUAUCAUCAUCUGUGCGAUAAGAAGGAUUUGGAAAUGCUUCCUUGGAUUCGCGAAUUCAACAAGUACGACCUUUACACCAAGAGCCACGAAAUCCCGGACAUUGUUGCACUUAAACCAUACUACCAAAAGUUGAUUGACAAAUACAUUCCUGGAGAAUUGGAGUGGUAAAAAGCAGCGAGAAACACAUUAAAACUUGUUUUCUAUACUUUUUCAUAUAAAUCUUCAUUCAUCUUUUUUAAUUUUACUAUAUCCCUAGUUUUUAGUAACCUUAUAUUACUUACUAUACAUAAGAUUGUACAUACAUUGCCUAACUGUAACUGAAACUUAUUAACAUAUAACUAUGUACCUAUUAUAACCGCUAAAUUCGUGUUCAGCUUUGCUACAUGAAUAACGAUUUACGUAAAAUGAUGUUGUGAACCACAAGUAUAUAAACAAUAAACAUAUAUUAUAUCGAGUAGGAAAAUAAAAUGUAACAAUUAUAUGCAGAUACUAUGUA